AUGAUUAUCGAAAUAUUUUUGAUUCUACUUACCAAUUUAAUUUUCUACACGUUUUACAUCAACUACCGUUCGACAUCCCUCUUUGGUAUAUAUACUAAAAUUAAUUCGAAAAAUGAUACCGUUUCGGUACCUUUACCUGGACCAUUUAUAUUGCCUUUGAUCGGCAAUGCCCAUCAAAUAAAAUUACCGAUUCACAAACAUUUUUCAAAAUUAUCUGAAAAAUAUGGUCCAAUCUAUAAACUUCAAAUGGGAAUUAAAACUUGGGUGAUCAUCAAUGAUGCCAGAAUCGUAAAAGAUUUAUACGUGACCAAAGGAGCCAUCUAUAAUUCUAGACCGAAUACGAAAAUACUUGGACAAAUUUAUGUGAGAGGAGGCAAGAAUGCUGUUCUUUGUCCCUAUGGAGAAUAUUGGAGGGCACAGCGCGCACUUUCACAAGCGGGGCUACGACUUCAAGUUGUUGAUAAUCAUUACUUUCCCAUUAUGCGUAAAAUGACUGAUGAAAUGAUCAAAAAAUUGUUGUCAUAUAAUGAAGAGGCCAUCAAUCCAUCGCAUGAUAUUUAUUAUUAUUUGGUAAGAAUAUUGGCAUUAUGCGUAUUUGGAUAUGGUUCAAAAGGAUUGGGUGAUAGUCUAAUUGAAAAAUACGUAGAUAUUGUUAAAGAAUCAAUCGUUUUAUUGGAUCCUAAAGCAUCAAUCGUCGAUUGUUUUCCCUGGACGGAAUGUUUACCUUUUAACCAAAGAUUUAUUAAGUAUGCAACGGAAGCAAGGGCACGUGUUGACAAAGUUUCUGAAGAGCUUUUAAUUGAUUUACAAAAGAGAAUGAAUGAACCUGGUGGAGAAAAUAUUAAUUGUUUUGCCGCUCAAACUUUAAGAUCUGUUAAAUUUGUUGAUAUAAACCCUUCCCCUUUCGUUCAAGACUGUGGAAAGAAAGAUAAAGAGGAUGGACUAUAUCCGAUGGAUAUUUAUGAUUUUAAUUAUCUUAAUAGCUCUUUUAUGAUCGGUGGUACUUCUACGAGCAUCACCGCCACAAGAUUUCUUAUUGCUUACUUGGCACAACAUCAAAAUGUACAAAGAAAAGUUCAGGAAGAGUUGGAUAGGGUUGUAGGUAAAGGAAACUUGGCUACUACAAACCAUUUGGAUGAUCUUCAAUAUCUACAAGCUACUUUUAAAGAAGUUUUGAGAUUAAAUCCACCAUUUGUAUCAGUUUUACCACAUGCUUCCACUGAAGAUGAUAUUUAUAAAGGUUACUUUAUACCAAAAGAUUCGACAAUUUUGGUUAAUCUCAUGGGGAUUAGUCGUAGCCCAGAAUUCUUUUCUGAUCCUGAUGCUUUUAUACCAGAACGUCAUCUAGACGAAAUUGGAAUCCUAAGAAAAUAUGAUUUAUGUGAUAUAACGUUUGGUAAAGGUCGUAGAAUGUGCAUAGGAAGAGAUUUAGCAGAAAGAAAUAUUCUAGUUAUUAUUUCUUCGAUUUUAACUUUAUUUAAUAUCGAAUGUGAGAUUGAUGAUAAAACCGGGAAAAAAAUUGAAAUAGAUUUAGAACCAAUUGAAAAUGGAUUUGAAUUUAUACCAAAAGAGUAUAAC